CAUCCGGAAAUGUUAAUAACACGGCCAAAGAGUCGGUUAAACCUAGCUUAAAAUAUAUCUAAAGUGUUUUAAUUGCAGAUAUAAUAACUUAUGUUGAUAUUGACUACAUGUUUAUUUAUAACGCAAGCCAGCAUUAAAAAAUCAUGUUUGGGUCAGGCUGUUUAGUUCGAACUGUAUAUGUGAUACUGACCUGGCUCACAGUUUUAGUCUUAUUUCUUCAUAACACAGAUCUUCGGAAGUGUCAACAGAGAGGAGAUCUCUUACAGCCACUGAUGUUCAGCUCUUUAGUUCUGCUGUCAGUGCUGCUGUUCUUCACUGUGUCUCUUAUGGAUCCUGGUUUUGUUUUGUCUGACCAAGACACAAAGGGAACCAUCGUGGAAAGAAUUGAAGAACUGGAAAAGAUGAUUCCUCAAGAGCAGAGUUCCCUCAAGCAGCGGCGAUGUGGCUAUUGUUUCUUACUGCAACCAAUGAGGGCAAAGCACUGUAAAAUGUGUAAGCGCUGUGUGAGGCGUUUCGACCAUCAUUGCCCCUGGAUUGACAACUGUGUUGGAGAGAGAAACCACAAAUGGUUCCUGCUGUAUUUGUGUGUGCAGUUUGCUGCGUUAUCCUGGGGACUACAGAAUGCUUGGUCUGCCAUCGAUUUUGCCCCCACCUGGCAGCAGUGGUUCACCCAAAACGGCUUUCUGCUCGGGGCACUUGGACUGACAGGAGUGUUCUCUGUGGUCGCGUUACUUCUGCUGUGCAUCCAUGUGUACCUGGCGUCCGUUAACACCACCACGUUUGAGUUCAUGUCACAACACCGCAUCUCGUACCUCAAACACUGUGACAGGGAGGACAACCCUUUUGACAGAGGGGUGAUAUGCAACCUGUGGGACUUCUUUUGUAUCUGUGGAACUGUGGCGUGGGAAAGAAUCUACAUCAGGAACACUAAUGGAACUGUAUGAAAGAAAAACUGUGGGCUCUGGUGGGAUUUCAUGGGCAUUUGAUGUUCAGUGUAGCUCAUGUUUGAUUGGGUUUCCUAAGGCUCAAUAGAGAAGCAUGAUGGUGUUUUAAACUUUUUUAGUGUGUGAUUAUUGAGUACUGCAGGAGAAGAAAUUGUGUUCUCAAGUCAUUCUAAAAGAAAUAAAUCAUGCAGGGAAGUGUACAACAUUAUAACAUAAGUAUGCAUUAAUAAUUGUGUUCCUUAAUUACUGGGGCGCUAUUAUGGUUUUGCACUUUUUUUUAAUGAAGUAACAUUUGUUUAAUUCUAUUUUCUAUUAAAUUAUUAAUACUUGCAGGAUGUACUCUACGUCUGUAACAAGUGGUUCUGUUCAUAUAAUGACAGUUUUAUAGUUUACAAAGAUUCUGUUAAACCUUAUUGAUACUGGUUUACAAGGGUGUUUUUUUAAAUUUGACUAAAUACACUUUUGUACCGAACUUUUUAUUUGCAGAUAAAGUUUCUUUGAGGUUCUGAAGGAUGUGAAAGUGAAUCACAUGAAUAAUUCUUAUGAGCCAGAACCUAACAAAAAAACGUAUUAAUAUUUUGAACAAUUUGUUAUUCGAUUUGAAUUUUCUGGAAGUAACUGAGCAAUCUAAAACAUAUUUUCUGUGUUGGGUCAAAGGCAACGCUGGAGCAUCUGACUUUUUAUGGUAAUUUUUGUAUCAACUAAUGUUGUGAAGUGUUACUGGCUAUUAUAACAAAAUCGAAAUAAAUCUAAUGAAAUUUUAAA